AUGCCCGCGACGAAGCAUCACAAGCUUUUGAUCGCCAACCGCGGCGAGAUUGCUCUGCGAUGCAUGCGUUCAGCAGCGGCGCUCAAGAUCCCGACAGUCGCCGUCUACAUGGAGGCGGACGCAUCCGCUCCUCACGUCUUCAAGGCCGACGAAGCGGCUCUCGUGCCCGCCUACAUCGACCAAGACGCCGUUCUCAACGUCUGCCGCGAGAAGGGCGUCACGAUGAUCCACCCAGGCUACGGCUUUCUCAGCGAAAACGAGGCGUUCGCGGCCAAAGUCGAGAAAGCCGGAAUCAUCUGGCUUGGACCGACGCCGUCGCAGAUCGAGGCGAUGGGUCUGAAGCACGAAGCGCGUGCUCGCGCCAUCAAGGCGGACGUCCCUGUCCUCCCGGGCUCGGAACUCGUCGAGACGCUCGACUUGGCGCUGGAGCAGGCGGGCAAGGUCGGUUACCCCAUCCUCCUCAAGGCGACUGCCGGCGGUGGAGGAAUGGGCAUGAGCAUCUGCUGGAGUGAGGCCGAGCUGAAGAAGGCGUUCCAGGGCACGACCGACCUCAGCAAGAAUCUCUUCUCCAACGCCGGCGUCUUUGUCGAGAAGUACAUCCCCAAGGCCCGCCACAUCGAAGUCCAGGUCUUUGGCGACGGCAAGGGCAAGGUCAUCCACUGCGGCGAGCGCGAGUGCUCCGCCCAGCGUCGCCAGCAGAAGGUGCUCGAGGAGGCGCGCUCGCCGUUCAUCGUGCGCCACCCCGAUCUCGGCGACGCCAUGUGCGCUGCAGCGGUCAGGCUCUGCGAGUUGAUCGACUAUCGGUCCGCCGGCACAGUAGAAUUCAUUGUCGAUGACUCGAACGCGUCGUACUACUUCCUCGAGCUCAACUCGCGCAUCCAGGUCGAGCACGCUGUGACGGAGAUGGUCCGACCCGGCCUCGAUCUCGUCGGGAUGAUGAUUCGCCUCGGCUUGUCGCAGGACGGCUUUUCCGCCUUCUCGCUCCCGCCGCAGGAGGAGGUCGCACAGGCUCACGGGCAUGCCAUCGAGGCGCGCAUCUACGCCGAGGUCCCGCACCUCAACUUCAAGCCGAGUCCCGGUCUCUUGCAGGAGGUCAAGUGGCCUGCACCGCAGGACUACAUCCGCAUCGACACCUGGGUUGAUUCGGGCUCGAUGAUUUCGCCCUUCUUCGACCCGAUGAUCGCCAAGCUCAUCACCUACGGCUCGACUCGCGACGAAGCCCGCUCUCGCCUCGACAAAGCCCUUGCUGACACUUCCCUCCUUGGCACGACGACCAACCUGGCCUACCUCCGCGAGAUCGUCAACUGCGAUGCGUUCAAGCACGGCGACGUUACGACGAAGUUCCUUGACUCGUACGUGUACCUCCCGUCAUGCAUCGAGGUCGUCGACGGCGGUCUCUCGACGACGGUCCAGGACGGACGGCCUCGUCUUCUUCCCGGCGGCGACGGUAUCCCUCGCUCAGGCUUCAGCGAUGAGCUUGCGGCGAAGGCGGUCAACUUGCUUGUGGGCAACCCGGAAGAGACGGAGGUCUUCGAGGCGACCGUCUCUGGCCCGUCUCUCAAGUUCUCGACGGCCGCAGUCGUCGCUGUCUGCGGCGCGACAGCCGAGAUCUUCCUUGACGACAAGCCAAAGCCGAUGUGGACGCGCUUCGUCGUCCCAGCCGGCUCGACGGUCGAAGUUGGCGGCUGCGAAGGUACCGGCAACAGGGUCUACAUCGCUGUUCGCGGCGGCUUCCCCGAAGUCCCGCUCUUCCUCGGCUCCAAAUCGACCUUUACCGCUGCCAAGCUCGGCGGCAUCCAGGGACGCGAGGUCGUCGCAGGCGAUAUCAUCACCCUUUCGCCCUCGGCUGCACCGACGUCGGCGGACGAGAAGGACUUCACCCUUCCCUCAACCGCUCUUCCCUCGUAUCCAAGCGAGUGGACUCUCGCAGCGCUUCCGGGUCCACAGGCCGACGACGACUACCUUACCGAGGAGGACCGCCAGACCCUCUACUCGUCGACUUUCACCGUCUCGCCCGCCUCGAACCGUCUCGGACUGCGUUUCGACGGUCUCAAGCCGCUCAAGUACUCGCCGAGAAGGCAGGACGGCGGACGAGCUGGCUCGCACCCCAGCAACUGCCUCGAACACGGCUACACCGUCGGCGCGCUCAAUAUGAACGGCGACACACCUGUCUUGCUCGGUAUGGACGGUCCCGACUGCGGCGGCCUGAUCUGCAUCCUCGGCGUGGUCGGUUCCGACUGGUGGAAGCUGGGACAGAUGUCAGCAGGCGACACCUUCCGCUUCGUCCUGCCGACAGCCUCGUCCCUCCCGGCGCAUGUCGCGGAGCAGAAGAAGUGGCUCGAAGCGGUCAAGGCUUCUGUCAAGAGCGGCUCGCUUGACGACCUGUCAUCGUUCCCGCUCGAUGUCAAGACGAAGCCGCAGCCUGUCACGGACGGCGUCGUCAAGGUCAUCGAGGGAGACGCUGCGCUCGAUGCGCCGAAGUUGACAUUCCGCCUCGCCGGCGACGGUGGACUCCUGAUUGAGGUCGGCGAGCAAGACUUGUUCUUCCGUACUCGCCUCAUCGUCGAGCUUUGGGAAAGGCGGCUGAAGGCGAAGAAGCACAACGGCCUUUACACCUACAUCCCCGGCGUCGCCUCGAUGCUCGUCAAGUUCCACCCCGACUUGAUCUCCCAAGACGAACUCCUCGAUGUGCUCGUCUCGACGUCCGACGGCCUUGCUCGCGAAAGUCUCGACCAGGUCGUCCCGUCCCGGCGCAUUCAGCUGCCGGUCUGUUUCAACGAUGCUGGCACGAAGGAUGUCAUCGAGAAGUACAUGACUUCGACAGGGCGCAAGAAAGCCGUCUACCUGCCGUCCAAUAUUGAGUAUCUCGCGAAGGCCAACGCUUUCGACGGCAUUGACGACAUUGCGAAGACGUUCGCCUCGGCAGACUGGUAUGUCUGCUCGAGGAGCUUCUUUGCGGGUUUGCCGAUGAUCGCGCCGUUGGAUCAGCGCUGUGUCCUGGCGUCGCAAAAGUACAACCCGACCCGAACCUUCACACAGCGCGGGAGUCUUGGGUAUGCGGGCGUCAUGUCGGCUAUUUACCCCGUCGAGAGCCCUGGCGGCUAUCAACUUCUUGGUCGCACCUUGACCCCACUCUCGGUCACUGGUCGUUACGGAGGCUUGGGCCAUGAGAAGCAUUUCCUUCUCCGCAACUUCGAUGUUGUGGCAUGGCUGCCGAUGUCGGAGGAGGAGUUCAACAAGGUCGAGAAGGACUUUGACGCCGGCGCCUUCAAGCCAACUGUUGAGGACUACAACAUCUCGGCGAAGGAGAUGAUCGCUUUCGAGGAAUCGACGCGGUCGGCCGUUCAGGCGCUCGCGAAGAAGCGGAAGGAGGGCUUCGAAGCUCUCGCGAAGCAGGAGGCGAUCUAUGUUGCGGAGUACCAGGCGGAACUGCAGAAGGCGAAGGAGGCGGAAGCAGCGGCAGCAUCGAGCGCAGGCGGAAAGACCGGCAGCAUGAGCGGCACGCCCCUCAAGUCGCCCGUCCAGGCGACCGUCCGCUCGAUCGGCGUCAAGGUCGGCGAUGAGUUGACGUCCGACACUUCUGCCAUCGUCCUAGAGGCGAUGAAGACCCAGAUCUCGGUCAAGCUCUCGCGAACGCUGCUCGGCAAGAAGGUCACGGGUAUCGCGGUCGAGAUGGGGGACGUCGUCAAGCCCGGUCAACCCUUGCUCUACGCCGAGUGA